CCCAAGCCGUUGUUUAGGACCUUUCACCAAUUAGCUUUCGGUUUUAGUUAUACAGUGGAAUCUGGGCGAUAUGAAAAUCGUCUCAAUUGAAGCAUAAGGGAACAAGGAAACAUUUGUUCUUCUAUUUCUUGCGUCGAGAGAAAAAUCAAAUAAAACACAAUAAUCAUGGACUAUCGGAUGGCUGUGCAGAAUCUGUUUGAACUCCUCAAAUUCAUUUCUGAAGAAGCUGAGAAAAUACUACGUGAGGCAGCUCCUAAUGGUCCAGAUAUUCUGACAUUAACAAUGGAGGAUCUUAAUGAACUUCUACCAGGAGAACGAAAUUGUCAAGUUCGAAGACACGUCAAGGGUCUCAUUGAUGUAUUUUUACAGGUUUUUCCUACUGUGAAGGAGGAAGACCGACAAAGUAUGGAUUCAAGCCUAGCUGAUGUCAUGAAGGCAGAUCCUAAUGAUCCCGAUAUUCCGACAUCAGCAAGGAAGGACCUUAAUGAACUCCAACCAGGUGCACAUGUUGAUCAAGUUCAAAGACACAUCAUAGGCCUAAUCAAUGUGUUUUUACAGAUGCAAGCUGGACAAAGUAUGGAUUCAAGCCCAGCUGAUGUCAUGAAGGCAGCUCCUAAUGGUCCAGAUAUUCUGACAUUAACAAUGGAGGAUCUUAAUAAACUCCUGCCAGAAGAACGAAAUUUUCAAGUUCGAAGAAAUAUCAUGGGUCUCAUCAAUGCUUUUUUACAGCAGGAAAAACAAGUCAGACAAAGUAUGAAUUCAAGCCCAGAUGAUGUCAUGACCAACUUCUUCGGGUUCCUGGCUGGUGAUGCCUCCCCAGGCAGACACAUGGUCCAGACCCACACUCCAGAAAUGGUUAUCUAUCUGCUGCAGCCAGGUGUUACAUCUCGCUUUGAGGUCCUACAGUUCAAGGUUCUUUACACCAACCUGGACAAGAACGUGGAGCCAAACAUCACCAAGGAAAUGAAAGUCCACGUGCUGAUUGCCGGAGAAACUUUUGGUACUCAUGGAACCUUCAUACAAAAGCUGAAGUUGCGGACAAAGCGAUGCAGUGCAGAGAGCAGCAGCGUCAUCCUGGUCUUCUGUCCUGUUGUUUCUCGGAUUGGGACAGACAUGGAGGCAGCAAUGGCCAGAGUUACAGUAAACAAACCUGUCAUCCUGGUGUUCAUGCACCACUGUCACAGCCCCAGUCACAUGACCAACAUCACAGUGCAACCAUCCAGGAGCAACAUAGUGCAAAUCGUCCACUGCGCCUUCCAUGAAACAAACGGGCUGCUGGAAUGUCAGGAAAAUGAGCAGGCGGUCAAAGCAGUGAGAUCAGCACUACUGAGGUAUGUUGAUUCGCAUGAAGUCCCACAGCCUAAAGUCCCUCGCACCCAGCCAGUGAUGGUGCAGCAGCUGAGAGCUGCCCAGGGUGCCAAUAGCCCAAACAUCAAUAAUGACAUCAAGCUUCCUGGGAAGGGCACUGAUCCUGCAGGAACUUCAUUUUUGUCUAAGACUGGACAAUUCUUCUCAAAGUCAAACUGGAAUAACUUUUCAGAAUCUGCAAAGUCUUCUAUCUCACGCUUGAACCCAAACCAUAAUAGGCUGAAUAACUCCUCUUUAGUUAAAGUCCACAUGCUGGUUGCUGGAGAAACUUUUCAGACCCAUGAAACCUUCAUGCAAAAGCUGAAGCUGCAGAUAGAGCUCUGCAGUGCAGAGAGCAGCAACGUCAUCCUGCUCUUCUGUCCUGUUGUUUCUCAGAUUGGGACAGACAUGGAUGGAGCAAUGGCCGGAGUUACAGAAGACAAACCUGUCAUCCUGGUGUUCAUGCACCACUGUCACAACCCCAGUCACAUGACCAACACCACAGUGCAACCGACCAGGAGCAACAUAGAGCAAGUCGUCCACUGUGCCUUCCAUGAAUGUACAGGGCUGCUGCGAUGUCAGGAAAAUGAGCAGGCGGUCGCUGAUGUGCAAGCGAUGCUGAUGAAACACAAAUGAAGAAAUAGACAUACUGUACCACAGGGAAGAAUGGAUUUACACUGCAAAAUAAUAUAUACAAAUAAUUUAAAUAAUUAAUCAAUUAUCCACAGUUUGUAUUUGUCCUUUAUAAUUGCAUGGCAGAUUGCUCACCCAUCUGAAGUGCUGGCUUACUGAUUAAUAAUCAUUGGCAGCAGACAUGGUAAAGAGAUUUAAAGAACUAGUCUUGGGGACCAGUGGAGAUCACUAGAGUGACACCAUAGACUGUGGUAUCUAAUCUGAACUGCCUUACUGACCAGUACUGGUAGAUAAAGGAAAAUGCAAAAAUGGAGCCUGUUGAAGUCGCCUUAUAAUAGUGUAUCUGUUAAGCAAGUAUGCACACUGUAUGAGGCUGUGCUUAUCCUGGUGUAGUGUUUAACUGUGCAUGCAGAGCUGGGAGACACCCACCAUGACUGUAUGCAACUGGGAGACACCCACCAUGGCUGCAUGCAGAGCUGGGAGACACCCACCAUGACUGCAUGCAGAGCUGGGAGACACCCACCAUGGCUGCAUGCAGAGCUGGGAGACACCCACCAUGGCUGUAUGCAACUGGGAGACACCCACCAUGACUGUAUGCAACUGGGAGACACCCACCAUGGCUGCAUGCAUCAUACACACGCACACAAACACAUAGAGCCAUACACUUAAUAAUCAUGUAGCAAGUGAUUCAUUUUGCAGUUCAUUUAUUACUGUCAAAAUCAAAUUAUUUUAACCCUUGUGUGUUAUGAAACAGGGAAAGUUAAUAAAGGUAUUUAAAUAUACACACA